ACAUUGUUCUGUUGCGUGUGUGUGUGUGUUGGUGUGUUUGCAUGCUUGUGCGCUACGGUAAAGAUCGGAACGGAAAACUCAUCUGUUUCUCAUCUGGCGAGCGGUGGCGACGGCGGAAGCGGAAGUUGAUAUGAGUCAGAAAAAGCAAUAGUCGGUGUUGUAGCGAAAGGGCUAGUUGUGGUGUGCUUACUGUUAAGUUUUUGUAUUAACUACGUUAAAACUCGCACAAACGCCAGCAUGUGUUCUAUAGUGUCGGUGCGAUGCAGCAGCGGUGGCGCAUUUGCGGGGCUAGCGAUGAUGACGAUGAUGCUGGCACUACUGCUGACGACGACAAUCGUUAGCGGCGAUAAUCAGAUAGAGCUUACGGAGCAACUUCCAACCGUAAUGGUGGCAGUGCUGGUGCGCAACAAAGCGCACACGCUGCCGUACUUCUUCUCGUACUUGGAGGAUCUCGACUAUCCCAAAGAUCGGAUGUCAUUGUGGAUCCGUUCGGAUCAUAAUGAAGAUCGCAGCAUUGAGAUUACCAAAGCAUGGCUGAAGCGAACGUCCUCGCUGUACCAUAGUGUGGAUUUCAAAUACCGCAGCGAGCGAGGAAAGCGCGAAAGUGAGAAAACAAGCACACACUGGAAUGAGGAACGGUUUAGUGAUGUGAUUCGCUUGAAGCAGGAUGCACUACAAGCCGCAAGAAUGAUGUGGGCCGACUAUAUCUUCUUCAUCGAUGCCGAUGUGUUCCUAACAAACAGCAAUACGCUGGGCAAGCUGAUCGACCGGAAGCUGCCGAUCGUGGCGCCCAUGCUCGUGUCCGAUGGGCUGUACUCGAACUUUUGGUGCGGCAUGACGUCAGACUACUACUACCAGCGGACGGACGAUUACAAAAAGAUACUCAACUACGACCAGAUCGGCCAGUGGCCGGUGCCGAUGGUGCAUACGGCCGUGCUGGUCAGCCUUAACAUUGCCCAAACGCGCCAGCUAACGUUUGAGCGGAAAAACCUCCCGGUCGGGCGGUACGAUGGGCCGGUGGAUGAUAUCAUCAUAUUUGCCAUGUCGGCGAACUACUCAGGAAUUCCGAUGUAUGUGUGCAAUGAGCUGCUUUACGGGUACAUCAUGGUGCCGCUGGAGGCGGGUGAAACAGUUCCGGGCAAAGAUUUGGAACAGUUGACCAACGUGCUCAGCUACAUCGUGAAUGAGUAUGGGGCGCUGUCGUUGAAGCAGGAUUUAAGCCGAUUCGUUGCGGAUGUUCCAAAAGACAAACUGUCCCUCUCCCACAUCUACAUGAUCAAUCUGGAGCGGCGUACGGAGCGGCGUACGAAAAUGUUGAAGCACUUCGAUCUGCUCGGCCUGGACGUGGAACACUUCCCCGCCGUCGAUGGGAAGCAGCUGAGCGAUAAGAAAGUGUACGAUAUGGGCAUCCGCUUUCUGCCCGGUUAUGCCGAUCCCUUCCACAAGCGCCCGAUGACGAUGGGAGAGAUCGGUUGCUUCCUGAGCCACUACAACAUCUGGGAGCGUAUGGUACGGCUCAACCAGCAGGAAGUGCUCGUGUUGGAGGAUGACAUCCGGUUCGAGCCAUUUUUCCGCCGCCGGGCGUACGAUGUGCUGGCCGAUGCACGUCGCAUCGGUGGCUGGGAUUUGAUCUACUUCGGGCGGAAGCGGCUCCAGGAGGAGGACGAAAAGUGGAUCGAUGGAUCGGAGUACCUGGUGAAGGCGGGCUACUCGUACUGGACGCUCGGGUACGUGAUCACGCUGGAGGGCGCGAAGAAGCUGCUGCGCGAGCAACCGCUCAGCAAGCUGCUGCCUGUGGACGAGUAUUUGCCGAUCAUGUUCGAUAACCAUCCGAACGAGAGCUGGACGAGCCAUUUCCGCGACCGGACGCUGAGUGCCUGGAGUGCGGCACCGUUGCUGCUCUACCCUACGCACUACACCGGGGACGAGGGGUACAUCUCCGACACGGAGGACUCGCUGCGGAUCGACGGAACACUGCCGGCUGUUGGUGGGCCAAGCAAGGGUAGCUCGGGAAUGGUUAGCAAUGAUACGCGGGACGGUGGCCAGGGUCAGACCAGUCAGGAACCAAAGAAGGGGGACAAGGAGCAGCUGCCGAAUGCGCCGGCCUUGCUGAGCGAGUCGGGCAUUGGGCAGGGAGAGCAUGAUUUGGAGACGAAAAACAGGCGCAGUGAACUUUAGCGUUCAAGAGGGAGAAAUGGAUGAAGGAUCUGAUGAUGGACAGUGGGAAUGUCCUGUAGCAUUUAUACCAAAAAAAAACGAACAUUGAAUCAACCCGUAGAAGAAUGGAAUUGCGAUAAUAUUAAUGUGCCUUAUAUCGAUAUUAGUAGGUAAAACCAGCAGGAGGAGACCACUUUGAAACUAGCCAUAACACAAGCCAUAACGUAUCAGUUUUCCUUUUAGAUGGAAUUGUUUCUGAAUACAAUAAACAGUUAAUUGUAACAACACGUGUAAUCUGUAA